AAUCAAAUUUUCACUUAUUUGACACGCUCAUUUUGAAUGAAUGUAGCUUUAUACGUCUAUAUGUAAUGAAUGGUAAUGAACAACUCUUUUGGGCUCCUCAUUAUAGCAAAAUUUUGGGGCCUGAGGCAAAGACGAGCAAAAAAUUCCUUGCUCGUCUUUGCUUAGGGUUGGUACUGCUUCUUCUCCACAACACUGUUCUCCCCCGGCUGGUGAACCCAAAUUUUGUGGGUAUUUAACGUUUCUACUAAAGAAUUGCCUGCCAUAUGUAUAUAGACGUUACUACAAGUGAAUUGCUUAUAUUCUGAACCCCCUUUUAGUUAACUGAUUAUGAUUAUUUGUAUUCACUGAACUGCACUAUCACAUGAGUAGAGCAAUGUAUUGAUAAGACUGUUGUAUCCUCGUCGCUUUCGUUCUCUCCUGACUCAAUUUUGUAUCCGUAGGUCCUUUUUCCAGUAUUUUAGAAAGUCUAGGAUGAUUUCCUUUUCCAUCGGUUUUUUAAUAUUUAAUAAUUUCUAGUUACAGGCGCACGUUACCUUUGUAGAGGGUAGGGUUCUGAUGGGUUUCCUCAAUGAUAUAAGGAAGUGGAUUUCUGUUUUAAGAUGAGUUUCAUUGCCUCUGUGUCUAAUAACCAAAGAAGAGAAAAGUACUUUCUAUGGCUUCUCAUAAAAUUUUCUAACAAAGGACAGUAUCUCCACGCAAUGUCUCUUCAUGCAGUAGUUGUUGCUGUAUUCAUUUGAGUAGUUAUUGUAACAUUUCCCAAAUAGAGUUUGAUAACUCCAAUAGUAUGUAAAAGAGUUCUUGGGUUUUCCUGGGAAACAUUUUCCCUUUUUAUUUCUAUUCCUAUCUCCCCAACUCUUUCCCUCCCCAAAGUCCCCAUGCACAUGGCUAACCUCUUCACCGUGGGCGAUUCAAGAAUCAAAGAACAGUAGGAAGCAAACUGGUUCCUGUACUUCCAUUGAACUACUGCUGGGAAUUGGUCUCUUUUGUAGUUUAUGUUUUACUGGUGGUCUUAUAAAUGCAAAGAAAAUCUAAAAAAUUACUCUCAUGAUCCAUCAACCUAAAUCUGUAAGAAAUUUGCUGCCCAUCUCAAUAGUGGGAUACUGGGAUUCCAUUUGAAUCCCUUUUUCUUUAAACACUUAUUAGGGCUCUUUUUGGGUAUUGGAUUGGUGGAGGGAUUUGAGAUAGGAAAAGAAAAAGUAUGGGAUUUCCCUCUGCAAAUACUAGGUGUGAAGCUUUUAGCCUCUUUUUUUCCCUGCCACAAACCCGACCAAAAAUCCUAGAUCCAAAUACAGCCUCACUGAUUGCUGGCUUUCAACUAAAUAUGUUAUCAUCCUUGUUCCAUUUCCUUUCUGGAAGUUGUAUUAGCGGUGGAGCAAUAUGUUCAUGGAGUUGGCUACAUCUUCUGGUUGUCCGGGCAUGAAACUUGAGUGCCCAUUUCAGAAGAAUUUUGGGAAUUUUUUCCGCCCUGUAGAGAAGCAUUCAGAGACUAAGCAGCAGCGCCCAGGCUCAUGGUUUUCGACAAAUGCAAGAAAUGCCAUAUUUGCAGCAGGUCCCUCUCUGAGAAUGGAAUCUAAUGGGUAUUCAGGGAGAAAGAAUGACACGAACAGCAUUAAUAGAAUUUAUAGAAGGUUGGAUUCCUGUUUGGUGAUUCCUCCACCCAAUGGUAAAAAGCCACGUGCAAUUGUCAAAUUCCUUGGUGGCGCCUUUAUUGGAGCAGUUCCUGAAGCUACGUACAGUUAUCUACUCAAGCUUCUUGCAAAUGAAGGCUAUCUUAUCAUUUCUGUGCCCUAUAAUGUGACCUUUGAUCAUGCUCAAGCUGCUAAAGAGAUUUAUGAGACGUUUCAUGCCUGUUUUAAUAGAAUUUCAACAUCUGGUUUGCCCAGUGCCAACCUAACAGCUACUGAAUUCGUUCACCUUCCACUUUAUUCUGUUGGCCAUAGCAAUGGUGCACUUCUCCAAGCACUCACAGGAAGUUAUUUUUCUGAGAAGAUACCAGAGGCCAAUGCAAUAAUAUCGUACAACAACAGGCCAGCAACUGAGGCAGUCCCUUAUUUUGAGCAGCUAGGUCCUCUAGUCAGUCAAAUGGUACCUGUUGUGGAAGCAUCUCCAAUGUACUCCCUGGCUAGGAAUGCCUCAGGAGAUGCAUGGAAGGCGCUACUUGAUUUGGCUACAAGGAUACCAGAUUAUGAUCAGGAAGCUUUGGUUUCCCUAACCAAUUUUGUCGAUCAGUUGCCCUCGGUACUGAAUCAGGUCGCACAAGGCAUAUCAGAGUUCAAGCCACCACCUUCAGAGAAUCUUGAUUGUUUUAAGAAAUCAUACAAUGUGAAGCAUACUCUACUGGUGAAGUUCAAUUUUGAUGCAAUUGAUGAGACAGAUCGCCUUGAAGAGGCAUUGAAGCCUCGUGUGGAGUCUAUGGGUGGAACACUAGAGAAGGUUUUACUGACGGGGAAUCAUGUCACACCUUGCAUACAGGAACCAAGAUGGCAACCGGGCUACUUGUACACUCCAGCUGAUGCUAUUGCUCAAAGGCUCAAGACUCUUUCAGUGAACGACAUUAGAGUCCUUUCCAGAACCAUCUCCAACUGGUUUAGUUGUCUUGAAGAGAAAUAAUGCAAGUGCCACAGUUCACCGAAAACUGCUGUAUGCGGAUCACAAAAAUAAGCGUGACUGACUAUUAUAGUCCGACAGGUUGCAUUUUAAUGUCGCCGUCUUAGCCUCAAUCUUGAGGCAUUUGCUUUGGGUUGUGCUCAUACAUCCUGCAAAAUUAGCUCGAAAUCCUCAAAUUUUGCGGGCAUACUCCAAUCUUAUGACUUCAAUACUCACCAGUGAUGCAUAAAGGGGCAGGUACUGGGGACCUUAUCACCAACAAUUGUAACAAUUUUCAUAGCACAAUUUGUAAGAUGGUUUUGAUAUCGUAAAUGUUUGUACACCCAAAACAUAACCGGUUGCACUUCCGUUUGUGUACCUUGAAGCGUAAACUCGUGAGAAAAGAAGGAUCGGUUCAUUUUCUCAUUUUGUCACUUGGUAUAUAGGACGACUGAAGGGUUUUGAUGUAAUGAAAAUGUGAGAGAAUCCAUUUCGGUCU